AUGAUACUCAACGGCCUUAUUUGGUUGAGUGUCAUCAAAUUGGCAUCCGCAGACUGGCAAUUCCUUUCACGUCCCGACUUAGCUCCUCCAAAGCUGAAUAUCACCGUUCCAGCCUCAUCGCAAACAGAAUCUGGAUACAUUUUCGUUUCUCUCAAAACGGGAGGCAUUGAAGGUUCCGUCGGGCCCGAGCAGCCUGCACCAUACAUAUUUCGAGAUAAUGGAGACCUAGUGUGGUCUGGCGUCGGAUAUUACUCCGGCUAUGUUAUUGAUUUUGGUGUUGUAUCUCUCAAUGGCACACCUGUUUUGCGUGCAUUCCAAGGAUCAAUUGAUGCUCCUCAUGUGCGUAUGAACGGUCAUCAUGCGAUUCUGAAUAACCGAUAUCAAACUGUUCGGACUAUUCAAGCAGCAUCUCACCGUUUAUCGUCGGGCCAUGAGUUUAAUGUAAUUGAUGGAAAAUCGGCAUUGAUUGAGAUAGGAUUGCCAGUUUUGACAGACCUCAGUGCCUAUGGUGGCGAUGAAGAACAACAAUGGAUCAUUUCAAGCGGGUUUCAGGAGAUUGAUAUACAGACCAGUGAAUUGAUCUUUGAAUGGUAUAGCUUCGGCCAUAUUAGUCCGGAAUAUAGCCAUCUCAGCCUAGAAUCCGAUGGCCCUUACUCUGGUCGCAGUGCUUUCGACGCUUGGAGCUAUUUUGCAAUUAAUAGCAUCGACAAAGACGACGAGGGAAAUUACCUCAUAUCGUCUCGUCAAUACUCGGCUAUUUUUAAGAUAAAUGGAACAAGCGGCAAGAUAAUAUGGCAACUAGGUGGAUUGAACGGGUCUGAUUUUGACAUCCCUGCUCAUUUGAAGUUUUCCUUUCAGCACGAUGCUCGCUUGCGCUACUGCUCCCCUGAUGGGUCGAUUGAACGUAUAUCAUUCUUUGAUAAUUCCAAUAGCGAAGCGCAACCUGAGCAUCGUACCGGAAUAGUUGCCAAGACUCGGUACAUUGAGCUGAAUCACAACACAAAGACUGUCUCAGAGAUAUGGACACACAUUGCUCCAGAUGGCUUAAUAGCAACCUCUCAGGGCAAUAUUCAAUUUCUGCCGAACGGUAACACCUUUACAGGUUGGGGUCAGGCGGGCGCUAUCACGGAGUUUUCAUCCGAGGGAAAGAUCUUGUUUCAUGCCUAUCUUGACUCGAAUCCGAACAAGUUCGUUCAAAGCUAUCGUGGAUUUCGAUCGAACUGGACGGGGAACUCUAGUGAAGACCCAGCAGUUCUUGCUUUGAGAGAUGAAGAUGGUAGAGUGUCGAUUUGGGUGUCUUGGAACGGCGACACGGAGACGAAAACAUGGCGGUUUCACUUGCACGAAUACUCAUCCGGCCUCAAUGUUAAUUUUCUUGGGGCUCAGACACGAGAACGAUUUGAAACUCAGUAUGAUGCGGGUAUCAACGGAUCUUUGGAGACUCUGCAAAAAUAUUCUGUUGUGGCUGAGGCGUUGAACUUUGAUGGUGAGACCCUAGGGAGGAGCAGACCAGUUCGAAUUCAAGACGAUACGCCAUAUCGUGCUCAUAUAGCCAGGCUUGAGCAUCGGAAAAAUCGAGAAAUGAAGUAUCAGCAGGGACGAAUGGAAUUAUGA